UAAACACACGGUGCACCGUACUAGCGUCAUUUACUCCCUCAGGCCCGGCCUCGUCGAGUCAGGGCAACCUUGUUCAUUCGCCGGCCUGGUGGCUUGCCUGUGCAGGGGAAGGCGAAAGAGAGGCCUCGGCAUGGCGGGCAUGGAGGCGCGGCAGCAGGCUGCAGGACGUUGUGCAUUCUCUCUCUACCCCGGAGCUCAGCUGAAAGCAAUGACUGUCACGCCAAAGAAGCUCUGAAGAUGAAAAGAACUCCUGUUAGACGAAGGUUGGAGGCACAGUCCAUGACCCUGCCAACUGCAAGACUACCUUUUAGAUUAGUAGUGAAGGACAACAGGAAGCCAUCCCAAUCUCAGGGCCAAGGCGCAAACGCCUGGACUCUCUGAGCAGGACAGUCCGGUAAAGACCAGAUAUGGAUACCAUGCAGGGGCAGGGAUCAGGCCGGGAUGGAGGUUUGGGAAGGAGGUCAAGAUACCUGGAGCGCAGGAGGAGAUCUUGGAAGACCAGAACAGACUUGGGAGUGCAAGAGUAAUGAAGAUGUAUGGAGAAGCAAAAACAGAACGAAUGUGUGGCAUCCUGAAGUUUCCAUGGUUCAGUCUAUUGAGGAACACAAGCCACCUAUGAUCUCCACCAAGAAGGAGCCUCCCACCUACGCUCCAGGAAGCCAAGAAGAGGGCUGGCAGCUCCAGAUUGUCGCCAUCGGCAGAGUGACGUGUCCCAAAUGUAGAAGUGUGAGCCGGAAGACUGUGGAAGGCUUGAAGAAGCACAUGGAGAACUGCAGACUGCAACCCUUCACAUGCCCGCACUGUGGGAAGCAGCUGAUGUCCUCCAUGGGGAUGAAGUAUCACAUCAUGGCCAACCACAGCUUCCUGCCAUCAGCAGAUGACACUAAGGACCUGGAUGACCGCACUAUUAAAGACAAGCUGCGUAAAAUCCUGAAGAAGUUGGGCAAGUUGAAGUGCUCCAAAGAGGGCUGCAGGGCGGCUUUCACCAGCAUUAUGGGAUAUUUGUACCACAUGAAGAAGUGCGGCAAGCAGAAGGCGGAGCUGGAGAAGAUGCUGCUCAGUUGCUCCCACUGUGGGACAACCUACAAGUCCAAAUCGGGCCUGGAGUACCACCUCAAGUCUGAGCACGCCCCAACUGCUGAGAACAGCGAGGAAGACGAGGUGCUGAAGGUCCGAAAGGAAGCAGACCCGGAGAGGAUGCCCAGUGGCAGAUUACAACGGGCUUCUGCACUGGUGGCCAACUUUCACAUGGCGGAGAUCGCCAGCAAUGAGCCGCACAAAGAUUGGCCCAAGAGGAAAUUUCAGUCAGACUUGGUGCCUGACGACAAAAAGUUAAAAUUCUUUCGACCCAGCCUGCCCGCCUUCAGCCAGGAGGUGCUGAAGAAGUGGAAGGACGAGUUGAAGCUGCACAGGAAGGUCCAAUGUCCCAACCAGGGCUGUGGCUGCACCUACACCAGCGUGUCAGGACUAAAGGCUCAUCUGGGACUGUGCCCAAUGGGUGACGUUGACGCGGGCAAGUACAAAUGUCUGAUCUGCAGCAAAGAGUUUAAAUCAGAGAGCGGGGUGAAAUACCACAUCAACUCCACGCAUUCACAGGACUGGUUUGUGACAAACAAAAAAGCUUCAAAGAAGUUUGAGAAGUUCCUUAAAAGGCAAUCCAAGGAGUCUUUCCAAAAACCAGAGCAGCAGAUAACAAAUGCACACCACCAUCACCAUCACCUCCGUUUUCAUCAUCAUCAUCAUCGUCAUCAUCAUCAUCAUAUGCAGGCCCUCCACCUAGAUUACCACCGUGUCCUCCCACUGGCCGAAACCCACUCUGAGAAGCUUGUGCUGCAUUACGCCCCUCUGGAACCUCCGCCCGGACCCUUGUGGGUGGACAUGGACAGGAGGGGAGAGCAGGCCCCCAUUGAGAUGGAAGACGAUGCAUAGAGAGGAGGGGAGAGAAUGAAGGAAGACGGGAGGCACAGACUGACUUAAAAAGUCCAACAUGGUGCUGAUAUGAAGAAGAGAAGAGGUGAGGACUGCUGUUAAGUUGUUAGUGUUUAACUUUGCUUCUUGUAGUGUUAAUCUGUGUGUUUAUGGCUCCAAGACAUUGUGUUCACCUGCUAUACUCCAUUUGUAAGUACGUCAGAGAAACAGUUCAGUACUGUAUUUCCUCUUGGUGCCUCUCAACCUUCACCUAACAUCGUCGUUUUGUAUUUUUACUGUCUGAUCUUAUUACAGUGAGCUUUGAUUUCUUAGUUCAUAUACAUAAAUGUUUCUACCAUACUUAUUUUUUACGAGCGAUCUGCUUCUGGUUUAUCAUACUAACAUUGUUAAAACAAUACAUUUAAAUCUUUAUGGCUUGUGUUUCUGUUUAAGAUCACAAAUAAAGCAAUGACUAAAUCCAGUAUAUUUAUCGAGGUACUCAAACCAGUGAACUUAACUUAUUUUAGACUUAGACAUAGACAAACUUUAUUGAUCCACAAGGGAAAUUGUUCCACACAGUAGCUCAGUUUCAAAUGAUGGAAAGGAUAAUGCAGGUAUUAAAUAGACAAAAAAUGUACCAUAGUAGCAAUAUAAAAUAUAACAUAUAUGUAAUAUUUGCAUAUUAAAUAUGCAGUAUAUAAUAUAUACUUAUAUACAGUGUUGGGACUAACGCGUUACAAAGUAACGCGUUACUGUAACGCCGUUAGUUUCGGCGGUAACUAGUAAUCUAACGCGGUUUUUUUUAUAUUCAGUAACUCAGUUACCGUUACUACAUGAUGCGUUACUGCGUUAUUUUACGUUACUUUUUAUGUAGUAUAAAGUGUGUUUUAUCGGAGCGCUGCUCUGUCAUCGUUCUGAUUCUUCUUGUGUCAAGCCGGAGAAGAGAGAGAGACAUAUGCGCUCUGUGUGGGUGUGUGUGCGUGUGAGUGUGGAGAGGGGGGGGCGUGUCUGAUCAUGGCGGAGCCAGAAGUCGAGUUUGCUAACAUGGAGAUAUUUUCACUACUUUUCUUUUGUCGAGCACAAAGAAAAUAACAUUUUAGUUAAAUGUAAAUUGUGCUUUGGAUCAAAGAUCCCAUCUACUGCCCAAAACAGCAAUUCAAAUCUGCUGAAACAAGCUACAUAGCAACAUGCUUCGACGAAGCUAGUAAAGAGAGACAGAGACUCUGAUGCCACUUCACCUCCACCACCACCACCAUUCACCGCUGAAGGUACACACUCUGUCAAUCAAUGUUCCCUCUAAUUGUUGAUGUGUGUGAGCAAAUGCAAAAAGUCCCUGAGCAUUGAGUGGAGCCCAUGUGAGCAACAUCACACGUGCACACUGUGGCUACACCAGCAGCACACCUGUCCCAAACCUGACUAAAUAACAACUUACAUCUCCAUCCAUCCAUCCAUUUUCUACCGCUUGUCCCUUUCGGGGUCGCUGGAGCCUAUCUCAGCUGCAUUCGGGCGGAAGGCAGUGUACACCCUGGACAAGUCCCCACCUCAUCACAGGGCCAACACAGAUAGACAGACAACAUUCUCUUAUUAUUAUAAUCAAAUGACAGCAGUCAUUUCCAUUUCUAAUAUAAGUGUUUAGGCCCACUUAUAAUGACAAUAACAAAAAAUAUUGUUUUUCAUGAACUGUGUACUUGUAUUGUUUGUCUGGGUGGAGGUCCUGCUUUGGAAAUAAUUUGUACCCCUUUCAGACAUUGCAUUUAGUUCCCAUUAAAACAUUCACAUGUUGCACAAUGAGAUGUAAGCAGGGGAUCAUGUGUACAUUCCUGC